AUGGCGUAUCAAUACGGUGAGAAUGUUUUUCUUAAGGUAUCACCCAUGAAUGGGGUGAUGAGAUUUGGUAAGAAAGGCAAGCCAAGUCCUAGGUACAUUGGCCCAUUUAAGACUCUUGAUUAUGUGGUACCGAUAGCGUAUAAGUUGGAUUUACCUCCUAAUUUAUCAAGUGUUCAUCCGAUAUUCCAUGUAUAUGUAUUGAAUAGGUAUCAUGGUGACAGUGAUUAUAUCAUUAACCGGGAUCCAAUUGUAUUAGAUGAAUACCUCCAAUAUGAGAAGGAACAGAUUACAAUUAAUGAUCGGGAUGCGUGCAAGUUGAGGACCAAGGGAUUAAGUCCAUGA